GUUCUUGUAUCGAUCACUAUGUCUCACUGGAGUUUGGUUCUACUACUCGCGGCAGUAUUUGUUACUGUUGCUGUGGCUUCGCCAACAACUGAACUCAACGAAUCAAAGUCGACUGCAGUUGGAAAACGCUUCACAGGUUGGAGAGUUAAUUGUCUAACUAAAUGGCUUGAAUGUUAUCUAAGGAUCAGAGUGAGAGUAAUAAUAAUAAUUGACUUUGAAGGUGUCGUACUUUCCCAUCAAGAGUUCGACUUCCCGUAUUACAUUUACGCUGAACUAAAUCCGGAUCACAUCCUGACAUCCGGGCUGCUACGUGGUGAAGAACAGUAA